UCGUCAAAUAUGCAAACUGCGCAUGCGUUUACUGUCUGGUCAUCAUGGCGGCCACCAUGUACAGGGGAAGAAGUCUGAGACGUUCAAAAGGCCGCCAUGAUAGUGGAGAUACGGAUGUACCAUUGGAUUUAAGCAAAGCUCCAAAGGAUAAUAUCCAGGAGAUACUUACAAGUCUGACCAGGAGAAGUAGCGUGACAAAAGGAAAGAAACUUGGACAUCUCAAUAAUUUUGUAAAGCUUAUCAAUCAUGUAUCAAGCUUUGACAAGCUGGGCUAUUCAGUGGCUGAGAUCGUAUGCUGUUUACGCCUCGCCGUGGUUCAUCCAGCCAAGGAGAUACGUGGAGCUGGAGUGAGGGCGCUUCGCCACCUUGUACAGGAUGAGACGACUGUACAGGCCAUGCUGGCCCUGCAUGUUGAUCGUCUUCUCAUGAGAUCCCUGGACAUAUAUCAGCGCAAUGAUGUGGAGAGGGUUCAAGCUCUCAGGUUUAUCAGGAGGAUUCUCGCCGUCGCCCCGGCCUUCUGCCCCAUUUCGCUGGUUCAUGUCUUGGUUGCUAUUAGCAACAGCGACGACAAGGAACGGGAUCGGAUGAGGAAUGCAUGCGUGGCGACGCUUUGUGAACUUGCUGUGUUGAAUCCUGCUGCCUUUGCCCAUGCUCGAGGACUCGGUGCCCUAGUGCGUAACAUCUUAGACAUGCAGCUACUGAGGAUGAAUGAAGCCGUCAUGUUGACUGUUCUUCAUCUACUCAACCACCCAGCAAGCAGAAGAUUCAUCAGAUUCAAAGUCGAUCUUGAGCAAGUGAUAGCUCCAUUCACAGACUUCAACUACAGGCAUACGGGCGACUCCUCAGAAUCACAAGCCAGUGAGAAAGAGGGUUUAUAUCAAGCUAGCAGGAUGGCUAUCGUGACUCUGCUAAGAUCAUGGCCUGGUAUGAUACGUCUGUGCCGGUCUGAUGCCACUGGGUUACAAUCCUUGCUUGCUAUCCUGUGUGUACAUAAUGAUGAAAACAGACGAUACCUCUUGGAAGUGUUGUAUGAUAUCUUCUACUUACCAAUCGCAGAAUGGACUGAUAAUUUCUCCACAGCUUUACAGAGUAUAGAUUCUUGCCAAAUGAAGACUUCGUGGAACCUGACGGAAGGCUUUGUUGUUGCUGAAGCAUUGGACCUGCUUCCUAACAGGGCCAUCACGAGACCAAACCUGACAGAGAACCACUUAGCCCUGCUUCUCCUUGCCUUUAUCAAUGCUGGUCUCUUAGAGAGUCUUGUAGAGGUGGUGACAUCUGACAAUGCCAAUCUAUCCAUACAAGCAACCAUCCUACUUGGUGAAUUAUUAUAUAUGGCGGACAAGAUACUACCUCCCGACUGUGAGCAGCAUCAUCACUGCCUACCUACACUCAUGACACUCGCUGCAUCCUUUGAUGUACCACUGCUACAGAGAAAUCGUGCGAGUGCAGCCGUGACGAACCUAGAGCGGCAUCACGAGAUGAAGAAGCGAGGAGUGAUACCAUGCAGCCUGUAUCUGGACCACAUUCUUAGCAACUCAGACAUGUUUGUCACCAGCCAGAGGGUGGUGGCUGACAAGAGCAAGGAUAUGGCAGUGGUAUCAAGGUCGAGAAGCAGAUCGUUCUCCUCGGCUUUGGGAAUGCCUUCCUCAUGGGACAAGAUAUCCAAUCGGUCAACGCAGGAGAAUGAGGAUUCUGCAGUACAAACCAUGAUCAAAGAAACAUUGGUACUCACAACUAAAGACCACACCGUCUGGAACUGGGAACUAAUAGGAGGAGCAAUCAAGAAAGGAGGAGUUACACUGAAGAAGUUUGAGGAUGCUAAUGUUAACAGGUUUUUUCGUCGGUUGGUUGAGUUCUACAAGCCGAUGAGUAAGCAGUACUCUGUGAUCAGUCUCGGGCGGGAACUGGGCCGAUCUAGUGAGAUCCAAAGCUACACCAUCAUUGGAUGUCAACUUCUCAACUUUCUUCUUAACUGCGAUGAAACUGAUGCUGAGAAGCUCCUGAUGGAGUUAACGGUAGACAUUGGAGAUUGUCUCCUUGAGAUCAGCAUGGCUCCACGUAACGAGCUCCCUCCGCAGGCCGUCUUCAGCCCAUCAAGCAUUCAAAACACACUCAGUCAAGAUUACUUUCUACUGGUUGGAAAGCUAUCUAAGACUCAUGAAGGAGAGAAGAUACUGGAGAAAGCUGGCGUCUUUCAAUAUCUACUGGAUGUGUGCUCGAUGCCUCAUCAUGAGACGUUACAGAAGCUGGUCGUGACCUGUCUGGACUAUAAGAGAGAUGGCCUAGCCAGGACGGUCCUGGGCAAGAUGUUAGCGGGAUCUUCAGAGUCUAUGAGGAUAUAUGCAACCAAUCACCUGCGUGUGUUGCUUCGAGCUCAGACACCGUUCUUCCACACGUGGGGUGUAGAGCUUCUCAUCACUCAGCUCCAUGACAAGGCUCGUACUAUCAGCGGCCUGGCUCUAGACAUCCUAGAUGAAGCGUGUGAAGAUGAUGCUAAUCUACACAGUCUGGUUCAUAUGAGACCUCCCCUACUACAUAUGGGUGAUAAGGGUGCUCUAUUACUCACUAGGUUCAUCUCAACGACCAAAGGCUUCAAAUACCUCCACGAUGUGAACUAUGUCUCCCACGAGCUAGACCGAUGGUUCACCUACUUCAACCGCAAGUACGUGACCCUGAUAGAGACGGAGAUCAACGAGGCCUUCACCUGCUACCAUCGUCCUCACGUCUCCGGUGGUUUCAUACGACGGUCCAAGGAUGAACGUAGGCAGAGGAAAGAUGUCUAUGUACCGGUGCAUCUCUACGGUCAGCUGGCCAAACAUAGAGGAGGCUGUGAGCUCAUUGAGAAACAGAAUCAUAUUGCAGAGAUGUGUGAGGUGAUACGAUAUGGAGAUGUAGAGACGAUGGACACUAUACUCAAUCUUAAGGCUGCAUUGUGGGCAUUGGGUCACACUGGUAGUACUACCUGGGGUCUGAAGCUGCUACAGCAAGAAGGUAUCAUCCCUGAUAUCAUCAGACUCGCUGAGGAGUGUGAGGUCUUCUCUAUACGAGGGACCUGCUUCUAUGUGCUAGGUUUGAUCAGUAAAACAAGACAAGGAGCAGACAGCUUGAGCUGUUUAGGCUGGGAGAGCAUCCGCCAUAGCCGGGGCGAGUACUUCCCUGUGGUAGAGGACAGAGAGAACAAUCUACCCACCGUCCUGCCCAUCCCAUUAGAGGAGUACAACCACAACCAUCGAGAUCUCUCAUCUCCCGUCAGCUUACCGAGCUUCAGUACCUACAGCAUUGACAGCCCUAAGACUCCAGGAGACAGCAGCACUCCAAAGGUUGACCCCAACGUGAAGUUCUUUGCAGGAGAACCUAGUCCAGUACAAAGUCCUCUGACGCCGGGACAACCACCAAAUUUCUUUUUGGAGGUGACUGGGGAUACAAACUCUGGAGGGGAUGCUAAGGUGCUUCCGUCCACCGAGGAGCGAUCAAUGUCACCCAGCCCUCUUGUUAGACUCAGUAAGAGAGAUCGAGUGAAUUCAGCCACAGAGCAGCUACCAGGUAUCAAUGAGGUAUCCGAUGGAGGAAGAACGAUCGUAGUUGAUAGGGCGUCAAGGACACCGUUAUUGCGUAGAGCGCAGACGAUGCCUACAAUAGAAGGGCAAGAUGAUGACGAGCCUCCGCCCUUUGAUUCAUUGAUUACCAAAUUACGCAGCAAUAGCGAUGCCAGCUCCAGAAUGUGUAAGGACAGGAGCUCAGAAGGUGUGCGAUUCAACCAAGAUGUGAAUGAGAGAUCGCGAGCGCAGUCACGGGACCGGAGCCACAGUCUCAAGCGGCGCUGCGACAGCAAUGAAAGUGGCAACAGCAGCAUGGGGACCAAAAGUCGGAGCGAGAGCUUUGCGACGGACACAUCUCAGACCAGCGGUGUGGGUUCGAUGCAUUCCAACCCCUCAAGUCCACCCGUAGAAUCCUCCAUGUCUAGCGUAAGCACCGUCUCCAGCUCGAUGACUGUUAAGAGUAUCCAUUCCUCAGAUACACUCCGUAAGAGGCACAAUCUCAAAAGGACUCCAAGCUUUGUCAGGAGGAUAUCCAAGACUCUGUCACCAAACCUCAGCUCCUAUUCCAAUCUCUUUGAGACUAGUGCGGCUUUCACCUCUGUACGGGAUGCUCAUGGUUAUGCUACUUUGAAAGCAUUGAAGCUACAACACAGACAGCUGAGCAGUGGAGAGGAUGAUAGUUUGAUUAAGAGAGCAUCAUCAUUUGGGAAUCCAAGCGAGAUGAAGUUGCGCAGAGGAUUGUCAGGAAUGGUGGAGAGUAUCAGCAUGAGUUGUCUAGAGAGGGGGUCUGUCAUGUCCAAAGCACCUUCUAUGAAGUCUCUUCAUCAUACAAGCUCAUCAUCUACCACCAAGAAUGAAUACGUCGGUCUAUGUUUACCUGUUGAUGUUACUCUUAUAUUCCAUUCUGAUGAGAGUCAAUACAAGGAUGGUCACAGCGCCCCCACGAGUCACGCCGUAUCACCUGCCAUGACAGACAUCCACAUACCUCAGGUUCAGGUCUACAGCCCAGACUCUGGUUCCACAGCCAACAGUAACGCCCCUACUCACACCCUGGAAUCACCAACCAGCCACCCCUCGGACCAACAUGAUAUAGCCCAACAGCACACACUGAGCAUGGGGGAGGCGGACUAUUCCAAUCUGAGAAUAGGGGAUGGAUCAGGUGUGAGGGAAGGGGAAGAGGAGGAAGAGGUACAUAUGGAUAACAAUCUGCAUCAGAUUGAGCAUUGUCUGGCAUGUACGAAGGUCAGGACAAGGUCGUUGGAGAGUCAAGAUGGUGAUUCUAUUCCUCACCCAGAUGACCCAGCGUCCCUGGUCAUCUUCCAACCGGUCAACCCUCCUCAACCGCUCCUCAUCCGUUCCCGCGGCAGCAGCUCGGCCAGCGCCAGUAACCCGUUCGGUAGCAACAGCGUAGACAAUAACACCCCUACCAGCGUGGGUAGCUCAGGGACCAGCGUCUCACAGUCCAGUCAAGGAGCAGUCAGGAUGAGGGAUGAUACGCCCAAGGGAAGAGAGAUGAUUAGGAGAGAGGUCAUCAGACUGGUGAUUAAGAUGAGCAGCUCAGUGGGCAUGAAGGCGCAUGAAGAAGGAUUGCUGGGAUUACGUGAGAAGUUUCCUAAAGCCUUUGAGAGGACUUGUUUAUUCUCCGAUGUGAUGAAUCUAAUAGCAACCAGUAGCUACAGACUCUCAUCUAGAAGAUUCAUACAAGAACUCUUCCAAGAAGUUCAUUUUCAUGAGCUCCAUCAUGAAGCCGAGAGAAUUCUGGGUUUGGAAGAGAGCAGCGAUACACAAUCCAACUCAUCAGGAUCCUGACCUCGGACCUUGGACCUCCGACCUUUGACCUCUCAUUCUACUUGACCAAUCAAGACAGAAACAUUGUGCUACUGCAAUCAGUUCCUCAAGUUUUCUAGUCAUCGAGUAACAAAUCAUGUGCAAUAAUUUUAAGUGAACUUUCUGCAAAUGUAUCCUUCAGAAUUGUUUGAGAAUUUUAUUGAUGCAGUAAAUGUAGACUAGAAUUUUAUUUUACCUGAAAGAGCCACGUUUCAGUGAGCUUGUAAUAAUGGAUAUACUCAGUGUGUCAUAUCAUGAUGGUAUUUAUUCAUAUUUUCAGGUUUUAUUCAUUGUAAAUUGCUGGUCAGCACAGAUAUAUAUGCUAUGCUACAUACAAUGUAAAGGAAUCUAGUUUAUCUAGUAGGGUCUAGCUAGACAAGACUAGCAAGUUGUGCUUGAUAAGUAGCACCUAGGCUAGAGAGAUUAUGUAAGAUUGAUGAAAAGUUGACAUUGUUCACAGAUUGGACAUGAAAAGUUUAUUUUUCAGACCUCUGUAUUAAACCGCUAUUUGUUUCGUUGAUUAGACGGUGCUUACAAGAGCAGCUAGUACUUUACAUUCAAUAAAGAAAACAAAGUUGAUUGAUUCCUAGAAAUGUAUGUAUGUUGACUGCCCUGUACUUGUAUGCAGGUACAUGUACAAAAAAAAAAACUGCUGCUGUCAUAAGGCGGGUCUUGUGCUGUAGACUAACUCUAUCUCUCUCCAAUAUGUAGGCCUUGUACUUGGAAUGUCUAAUUUAUGCAGUUGUAUGCAAGCUGAUUUUUUUAAUGCUGGGCAUUAGCCACAAAGAAUUAUGUUUAAAUGUUAAAAUAGAGUCUUUAAUUUCUAUUAUUUAAUUAUGUGAUAUUGAUAGGUACAUGUACAUUAAGUGGGUCUUUCUGGUAUUAAGU